CGAGUGGGCAGCAGGCACGGUCCGUGAGCGGAGCAGGCAAGCGAGUGGGAAGACAACGCAGCCACUUUCCUCACCAGCCAGCCCACAGCGGUUUGUCCCCUCUCACGGGAGUGCGCCAAUGCCUGGGCGGACCCAAACCCUGUCCCCUAAUGGUGAGAACAACAACGACAUCAUCCAGGAUAAUAACGGGACCAUCAUUCCUUUCCGGAAGCACACAGUGCACGGGGAGCGUUCCUACAGUUGGGGAAUGGCAGUCAAUGUGUAUUCUACCUCCAUAACCCAAGAGACUAUGAGCAGACAUGACAUCAUUGCCUGGGUUAAUGAUAUAGUAUCUUUAAAGUACACAAAAGUGCAACAGCUUUGUUCAGGAGCGGCCUAUUGCCAGUUCGUGGACAUGCUCUUUCCAGGCUGUGUUUGUUUGAAGAAAGUAAAAUUUCAAGCAAAGUUGGAACAUGAAUAUAUUCACAAGUUUAAACUUCUGCAAGCAUCAUUUAAACGAAUGAACAUUGAUAAGGUAAUUCUGGUGGAGAAGCUAGUGAAAGAACGUUUCCAGGACAACCUGGAUUUUAUUCAGUGGUUUAAGAAAUUCUAUGAUGUUAACUACGACGGGAAGGAGUAUGACCCGGUAGAGGCACGACAAGGGCAAGAUGCAAUUCCUCCCCCUGACCCUGGUGAACAGAUCUUCAACCUGCCAAAAAAGUCUCACCGUGCAAACUCCCCCACAGCAGGCACAGCUAAGUCAAGUCCAGCAUCUAAACCAGGAUCCACAGCUUCUCCCUCAUCAGCCAAAAGGGCUUCCUCCAGCAGCUCAGCAUCCAAAUCUGAUAAAGAUUUAGAAACACAGGUCAUACAGCUUAAUGAACAGGUACAUUCAUUAAAACGCCUUGCCCUUCAAGGCGUGGAAAAGGAAAGGGAUUUCUACUUUGGGAAGCUGAGAGAGAUCGAACUCCUCUGCCAGCAACAUGGGCAGGAAAAUGAUGACCUCCUGCAGCGACUCAUGGAAGUGCUCUAUGCUUCAGGAGAACACGAGGGCCACACAGAGGAGGCGGAAGCAGAGGAACAAGCCCAUGAACAGCUGCCCCAACUGCAGGAAGAGUACUGACCUGCCUGGCAGCUCUUGACACUUCCAUUGUGCUGGGAACGUUUCUUCUGGAGAAUUGGAAUAUGUGUGGCCUCAAACUCAACAGCAACCAGUUGUUCCCAAUCUGCCAUUACCAUCAACGCACUAUUGCGCACGCCAGCCACUGCACUUGGUUCCCAUUUUCUCUGCCAAGAUGUGUUAGCAGACGGCCGCCUGGCCACCUACCCAAAAGAUCAUAGGGUCUUAUACAUCCAACUUCUCACCACUUGGCUGCUUGAGAUUGGUUCUGCUCUCUUCUUCAUUUCUUUCCAGAACAACUCUUCCUCAACCCACCACCACCACUACCACCACCCUCCUUUUUAUCCUGGUGUGAAACAAUGGUAAUUUGAUAUAUGGUAUUUAUAUUGGCAUUUCUCAACCCAGUGUCACUAGAUGUCACACACAUUUGUGGUGCUUUGAUGUUGGCAAGUCUAACCUCUAAACGUAAAAAUUGGUAAAUAAUUAAUUGGAGCAAAGGGAAACUUGAUAUGAAAGCCAUAAUGACAGUGACUUCUGUCAUGGGGAAAAACAUAGGGUCAGUUUCUCCCUGUACUCACAACACUAAAGGGAAAAAAAUGGAUUCAAAGCUAGGACUUCAGGGCCCGGCAGUAUUCAUACAUCAGCAUGUUAGACACCCACAUAGUAUGUUGUUAGCUUUGAAAGACAUUCACUCAAGGAAAACACCAUCUCAACUUUGCCCUUUCUCUGUAUGCCCCUCUCCCAGGUUCUCAUGCUAUUUUUCUUUCUCAGGGUCCUCUUUGGUGGGCAGCAACUCUCCCUAAGAUGUUGUCAUCAGUUUUCUGCAGUCCAGAGGGAGUCUGGGUAGGUCCAGGUCUUCCUGUCUCGUCCCUCUCCCAUCUUGUGUGAGUUUCAGCCCAAGAACUGUCCUUCACGCUAGGAGACUUCCACUGAAGGACCUUCAGGGUGUGGAGCUCCAAACUCCAGGCUUCUGCAUCACCCUGCAUACUUGCUGGAAGGCUGGAAAUGAAGACCUUAUUCAUGGGAGUGUAAUUCCAAGGGGGAAUCAUGGCUCUGCAGUCUGGUGUUGACACUGGAACAACAGCACAGGAAAACCUAUGACCCCCUAGUAUCUUCUGGAAUGAGGAAUCUCCCCUCUUUAACACAAGGGCUCCCCUUGCCAUUGACCUUUGCUGAACCAUGGCAAUUCAUAAAUAGAGGAAACGUUAAUGAAUUAAAAGCAUUCCUUAUUUUUUAAACUAAUAUUUGCACAUUUUCUUAGUCUCUUUCCAAAUCUUUGCCUCUCUUUAUUUUUAUUUUUCCCUUUGACAGAUGGUAUCCUUUCUUGGAUCACUCAUUUCACUUGGUUUCUAACUUUAGGUUUACUUUCCCUUGUUAUUUGACUUAGCAGGUGCAACAAAAACAAGAAACAAAUGUGCCCAUCCCACUUUCCACUUAACUGAAAAGGUUAAAAUAAAUUUCUGGAUUAU